CAACAUUUCGACAAUAAAAAUACGUCUCAAAAGUCAAGACCUUAUUUUUCAAUUUCUAAAAUCUAAAAUUUCUCUAAUCGAUUUGUCAUAUUUUUAUAUUUAAAACAAAAACGAAAUAAUCAAUUUAGAAAUAAAAGGAGAGUGGGGUGCUACCUAUUCCGACAAUAUUAUUAACUAUAACUCUGAUCGACAGCAGGCAGACGUACUGAAACCUUGAGCAAAACAUCAACAUGUCCGAUGUAUCCAAGCAAAAUAAUUGCAAUGGAGGCCCCGAUCAGGUAGCAAACAAUCAAAAUUCGAAGGAAAACCAAAGCGGCCAGUCCAACAGUCAGUCAAAUGUUCGAUACAUUCCAAUUACACUGGACUACGAUGACAAAACUGUAAACACGGAUAACAACAAAUCAACGGAACAGCCCACAGCCAAUCCAACAAACACCUCAAAACCAUCAUCAGCCCGAUACCAGCAUUCAAAUCAUUUCACCAAUGAUCCGCCCAAACCAAGCAGUAUAUUCGAUCGAGUAAAACAUUUUCCAGUAAACUUAAGGUCAACACAACGGAACGAAUCUCCAGGCCGAACAAUUCCCAUAACCGUUCAAAGUGAAUGUGGCAAGAGUGCAGCGCCAUCGGCCCCGUCACCCAAACCAGCUACUCCACAACCGGCUGCAACAUCGCCGAAACCAUCACAGCUCCACGAUGAGGUCGAUUCUGCGCCACCGACCGAUGACAAAUUCAAUGCAGACGCCAAUGCAAUACUGAAGAUUCAGAUCAUUCAAAAGGAAAUCCAAUGUCUCAUGGAUCAAGUAGAUAGUUUCGGUGGCACUCGAAAGGAUAAAGAUUACAUGUACCUGGACGAGAUGUUGACGCAAAACUUAUUGAAAUUGGAUACGAUCGACACCGACGGUAAGGAGAAGAUCAAACAGGCUAGACGAGAGGCUAUUAAGUGUAUACAUACGUGUAUUUCGGUGCUGGAAGCUAAAGCAGAGGCGGCUGUAGGAAAUGUUAGCACUCAACAACAGUCCAACGAUAAAUCUCAAGCGAAAUCCCAAAAUUGAUGUGCUUAUAGGUCUAGUCAAUGCAAUUAGAGUAAACAAAACAAAACUAAUUCUGAAUCAAACGAAAACAAAAUUCUUAAAAUAAACUUAGCACGCAACCGCAAGCAGAAUUUUACCAGUUAAAAGUUUUAGAAAAACUAAUUGUGACCACUAUCUAGCUACAUUUCUCGAUUUUUCUUUUCUUUCCCGAUUUGUUUCAUUUUUGUUUUUUGGUAAACUUAACUAAAGAAAGACCAAAAUUUCUUGUUUUGAUGAUUCCAUUUUUAGUGGUGAGGAGGUUUCUAUGUGAAAAAAAAAGGUCUUAAUAACCGUGUAAACUAAUUAACAAUAAUUGAUUGCUGGUUAGUAGUGCUAUGCUAUUUAUUAACGAUUUUACAAAACUACUGUUCUAAUGGCUUUGUAUAUAAAUGUUGUAUAGUAAAAACAAAACCGUUUCUGAAAUAAAUAAAAAAAAUCUUUCAAUA